UUACUUGCUCCCACUAAAAGCUGGCGUCAAACCAUCUCUGAUUCUCACCAAAAGGAAAAGCGCUGUUAAAUUUAACUAAUUGGCUUGCUUCCUAUCUGGAUAUUUUGUAUAGCACUAUUCCUAUUGUUCUAAAACCAAAUUCACAAAUAUAUAUUUAAAGCAAAAUGGCACCAAAAAGGGGCAUGAGUAGGGAAGAGGUAAAGCGCCUGAGUGCGCUCUUUCGCACCUACGAUGUGGAUAACUCGGGGCGGAUUGAAAAACAUGAGUUUUCUACUAUUUGUCAGGAGCUCCAUGUCCCGUCCAAAGAAGCAGACAGCAUAUUUGACCGCCUGGACGUCGACAAAGACGGCACAGUGACCUUGGAGGAGUUCAUCAGCGGCUUCAAAGAGCGACACCAGGAGAAAAAAAUGGCAUCAACAAGGGGCAUGAGCCAGGAAGAAAUAAAGCGCCUGAGUGCACUCUUUCAUGCCUACGAUGCGGAUAACUCGGGGUGCAUUGAAAAACAGGAGUUUUUUACUAUUUGUAAGGAGCUUCGUGUCCCGUCCAAAGAAGCGGACAGCAUCUUUGACCGCCUGGAUGUGGACAAAGAUGGCACGGUGACCUUAGACGAGUUCAUCAGUGGUUUCAGAGAGCGACACCAGGAGAAAGAAGAUGACAAAGAAGACGAGAACUCCUCAGAAAGUGAGGAAGAGUUUUCGAUGAACAGGGAACAGGUCAUAUCCAGUCAGCCACAUCCCUCCGUCAAGGGGAUGAGCGCAGAGGAGCAGGAGCGGCUGCGCUCCCUUUUUAACGCCUACGACGUGGAUAACUCCGGGCAGAUCGAGAGACAAGAGUUUCUGACCAUCUGUGCGGAGCUGCAGGUGUCCGCGGCCGAGGCCGACCGGAUAUUUAGCCGGCUGGACGUCGACAACGACGGAACCGUCACCCUGCUGGAGUUCAUGAGCGGCUUCCACGACCGGUACGGAGAGGACAUGGAGUCUGAAGGGGGCGACGUGUCCGCCGCCUGGGAGCACUUCGAGAGGAGGCUGGGGGAGCAAGCCAAGUUCAUCCCCAGGCAUGAACAAGCAGCUACGUUGUACCAGAACAUCAGUCUGACUGAGCCCAGACUGAUAAACCAGUUUGAGAAGGUCAUCCUGAACUUCACCAAAGAGAUCAAACAGCAGAACUCAGAGAUGGAGAACCUGGCCCUCGCCAUCAAACGAGCCCAGGACCAGGCUUCAAUGCAGCUCAGUGAGAUGGAGGAUGAAAUGGACCAACGCAUCCAUGCUGCAGAGAGAAAAACACGAGAGCAGGAAAAGAGGAAAACAGAGGCUGCGCUCAGUGAGUUACGGACAAGUUAUGAAACUGAAGUCUGUGAGCUGCAGUGUAAAAUCCAGAAGAUGAAGAUGAUAGAAGAAAAGUACAAGAACAUCACUGUGAAGGAUGAGAGCCCGGCCCUGAAGAAGAAAAUCAAUGAGCUAACACUGGAUAACCAGAAGUUAAAACAGGAGCUGUUGAAGUCUCAGACCAAAGUCGCCUGUCUGCAUAGCGAGAUGGACUCACUAAAGACGGAGCUUACCGAUCAAAGCAUCAACAAUGAACAAGAUGAGGAGCUCAUGAGACAAUUCGCUGAUGAGCGAGACGCUCUGGAGAGCCAGAUCGAGAUUCUGCAGACGGCCAACAGGAAGCUGCAUGACACCAACGAUGGCCUAAGAGCUGCCUUGGAAAGGACCUGCAGGUCUGGUAACGGAGGGUCACCAGGAGAUCUAGCAAACAGAAACAGAAGUAAAAGCAUCUGCUACACAUCACCCUACGCAGUAAUGGAUAGGUUCUGCCAGCGUGUGGAUGACUUCCCUCUGUACAGCCGCCGGCCCAGCUGUGACACUCUGGCCUUGGCAAUGUGUGACCCGGGCCUGAGGCGAAGACACAGCAGUGAGUGCGAAGAGGACAGCCUGCCGGAGAUCUACGUGGACAGCGGCCUGUCGACACUCAGAGGUUCCCAUGGAGGCUACGAUUCAGAGCAGGAGGUCAAAGGUCAAGAUGAAGAGGACAAGGAAGAGAGGGAGGAAAAGAAAGUGGAGGAGGACAACAAUGACAGCAUGAUGGGAGAAAACUCUGACACUGAGCCAGCAGAAACUCAGGACACUGAAUCAGCAUUCGGGUCAGACAGCAGCUCAGUUUUGGACUGGAAGCCACCUGAACCCAAACCUGAAGCCCCGACUAUACGGAAAGCUGUCAGUGCCCUCAGUAUUCAGAAGGACAUUAACGAAAGCUCAGACCUGGGCUACAUGACGUCAGAAAAGGCGUACAGGAUCGUGCUGGCUGGAGACGCUGCCGUGGGAAAGUCCAGCUUCCUGCUUCGUCUCUGCAAGAACGAGUUCAAGUUAGACUCCAGCGCAACACUGGGAGUGGAUUUCCAGAUGAAGACAUUCAUUGUAGAUGGAGAGCCUGUUUUACUACAACUAUGGGACACUGCAGGACAGGAGAGGUUUCGCAGCAUUGCAAAGUCAUAUUUCCGCCGGGCGGACGGGGUGUUGCUGCUGUAUGAUGUCACCUGUGAGAAGAGCUUUCUUAAUGUUCGAGAGUGGGUGGACAUGAUCGAGCAGGAUGUGUCCCAGGAGGAUGUUCCCAUCAUGCUCGUGGGAAACAAAUGUGAUCUUAGACAAGAUGGAACUAACUGUGUCCCAACCAGCUACGGAGAGAAACUGGCCAUGACAUACAACACUCUGUUCUGUGAAACGAGUGCCAAAGAUGGCUGCAACAUCGUGGAGGCUGUGCUGCACCUGGCCAGGCAAGUGACAAAACAGGCUGCCUUUGAUGAGAAGAGUCACCAUCAGUCGCUGCCCAACUUAGACGCUCCGAGGAAGAAGCCAAACUUCUCCUGCUGCUCCUGAUCAGAUUCAUCAGACCUGGACAACAUUACAGGUGGAUAAAAGGACUAAAAAUGCAGAAACCUGCCAAAACAUGAAUGAGAAUGAGGAACAUAUCAUCAUUGUUAAUAACCAAAAUAGUUUAACUCAUGGAUAAAGUGCACAAACAACAAUGGGAUCACAGCAGAAAACCCAAAACUUCUUACAUAAAUUCAGAUGCAUUUUUCUCAUUCAAGGUUAUUUAAACGUGAUGUAUUGUGCCAGUUAGUUCUCAUUCACUGUUCGUACUUAAACCCACGGAAAAGUAAUGCACUGUAAAUCGUAUAUAAACCAUGUAAUUUUGAGGGGGCGGUUAUCAUGUGACCUGUGCCCUGCAGAGUGCCCUCCAUCAUAUGACAGGAGUGAAGAAGGGGAGUCUGGCCGUGUAGUGUAAAGAGCAACAAAGUCCACACAGGGAGGUGGUAGGGGUGGUGGGUGGGUUAAAAAUAGGGCUGUCAGCAUUAACAACAAUGCAAUUAAGGUUCGUACGUAGCACGUUAUUUAUUUUAUCCGCUUUAAUUGCUGGCCGACAUUCCUGUCUUUAAGAGGCCGUACUCGGCCGAGUUUUAAAGCUACACUGAUGAUACUGCCAUCACGUGAGACUAGAGGAGGAAUCCAGUGGUGCCAACCAUGUCAUGCUAGCUUCUCAGUAAGGGGGCCAAAUAAUGCUUCAGAGUUAGAAUAAGUUCUGGCAAUGGAAAAACAGCUUGUUCAUUACACAUGGGUCCCUUGACCUCUGACCUCAAAAUAUGUGAAUAAAAAAAUGGGUUCGAUGGGUACCCAUGAAUCUCCCCUUUACAUAUAUGUCCACUUGAUGCUAGUCCCCUGCAGUUUUUUGCUGUAAUUUGAUUCUUAAAUGAGACAGUCUGGUAAGAAUUGUUUUGCCUUGCCAAUAUUGACUUCAUAACUGUUUUGAAAUGCAAAAUAAUGGCAUUUAAAUGUGAUUAAAAAUGUGAUUAAUCACUAUUAACU